AUGAGCGCCCAACCUCCAGUGCCGUCUCCCCCGACUUUGGAAGGAGAGGCCAACGGGCCGCAGUAUGAGGGCAUGCGAGAAGAGCGCCAGAUGGCAACCGGACAGAGCCCACAAGUGGGCCAGGCCAAUGAGCCCCAGUUGAUGGUCAAUGGUGUCGAUCCUCCACGGGUGAGUGCUGCUCGCGAAGAACCGCCCCCGGCGGGACCGCGGGUAGCAGGCUCGCCCCUGGAGGGCCGCACGUUGACUGAUGAAGCAGCUCAAAACGCGGUGGCACCUGGUUUUUUCCGCGGACAAGUGGGCAUGGCAGAGAGGACGGUGGCUAUGGAGUAUUCUGUGCAGAAUGCUGGUGGUCAACCGGUGGUUCGUUGGGUGGCAGCGACCGCCACCACCACCUUUGCCGAUAAGGAUGCCAUCGCCAAUGGGACGAAGAUCUCCUUCUCCACCUCCACCUCCUCCGGUGCAGGCGCCGAGUUUACCGUGGCUUUCCAGGAGAGGGUCACCAAGAACGUGAUCGGGCUGUGGAGGGUCACCAAGGGCAUGAUCGGACUGUGGAGGGUCACCAAGGACGUGAUCGGACUACAGAGGAUCGUGAAGUACGUGAUCGGACUACAGAGGGUCACCAACAACGUGAUCGGGCUUCUGAAGGUCAUGAGGGGCGCGUGCGGUCUGCUGAAGGCCGUUACCAAAGACGAGAUCGCUCUACCGAAGGCCUUCACCAAGGACGUGAUCGGGCUUCAGAGGGUCACCAAGGACGUGAUCGGGCUUCAAAGGGUCACCAAGGACGUGAUCGGGCUUCAAAGGGUCACCAAGGAUCGGGCUUCAGAGGGUCACCAAGGACGUGAUCGGGCUUCAGAGGGUCACCAAGGACGUGAUCGGGCUUCAGAGGGUCACCAAGGACGAGAUCGGGCUUCAGAGGGUCACCAAGGACGAGAUCGGGCUUCAGAGGGUCGUUAUGUGUCCAGUCAUGAUGUUGGUCGGGAUGCCGUACCUGGUCACAGUCAGACAACAGAGUACUUUGACUUGGCAGCAGGCGAUAGAGCUCUACGUGAUCAACAGCGACUUCCUUCCGAACUUGAUCCACCAAAGGAGCAGGAGCAAGAUGGCGCGAAGGCUAGUGGAAACCCCUCUACGAUGGAGCUGUUGGGGUUCAUCGCUACGGGGAUGAAGCAGCUACAAGAGGUCCAGUUGAAGCAGAUGGAGAAGAAGUCGGACAUGCCGGAAAUUGUCAAACCGGGCAUUUCUUCUCUCCCAGCUCUGAGCUCGCCGGGCCAAGACACGAGUCCUGUCGACAUACAGGAUUGGCUGGAGGAAGUCGGGGGCGUGAUGACUGACUUGAGCGACUCCAGCUGGGAGUGGUGGCUUCAGACCCGGGACUUGGCGGAAGAACACUACCGCAAGUGGGUAAAGUCUACGCCCAUGGAGAAGAUCUCUUUGUCGAUGCCGAAGAGUCCGAGUCUGGAGCAGGGCCGUUAUGGGAGAGUGAAUGCGAGAGCGGCGGGAAUGGUGCUUGCCGCGCUCCCUCAGGAGGUGAAGUCUGAGAUGAUCACGAAGAAGGUGACGGGAAGCACGGCAAGUUUGAUCUUCAGGCUCCUCACGGCGUACCGGCCAGGAGGGGAAAAGGAGAAGACCUUGUUGCUGCAGCAGCUCACGGCUCCCGAACCGGCCAGUACGGCAGAAGAAGCGGUACAGGGACUACGACGCUGGGGCCGGUGGCAUUCUCGUGCAAAGGACCUCACAGUGACGGUUCCGGAUCCGGUCUUGAUGAUAAAGGGCCUUGCGGUGAUCGUCUCUGGAGUUCUGGGCCGACAUCAAGAUGUGUGGCUGCGCACUUCAAUGGUGCGUCAGAAGCUGCAACUAGACAGUAAUCCCAGCGAGGAGUCUACCUUGGACUACCAUAAGCACCUGCAGGCCGAAAUGGAGUUGUUGAGUACUGCGGCAGCCCCUUCAGCGAAGGCUACUCCAAAGAUAAGGAGCGCUACUACGACGGCAGAGCAGUCAACUACGGCGCCUACGGCAACCUCCUCUACUACCACACCGGCGGCAAGGCCCAAGGCGUCACCUAUCAAGGACAAGGCGUGCAAGUGGUUCGCUAAGACCGAAGGAGGCUGCAGACGGGGGGCGGACUGUCAGUUCGCCCACGAGUGGGGUACUACGGCGAAGGCGGGCAGAUGCCUUGUAUGCUCAAGCACGGGCCACCUCAAGAAGGACUGCCCGGUGAAGGACAAGGGUUCGGGGUUGCGUCAACCCAGACUAAAGUCUGAGCCCUCACCGCAAACCUCAGCUACUACCACUGCAGCAGCGAGGGCUUUGGCUACCACCCAAGAGAUCACUUCUUCUUCGACUACGAUGCCUCCUCAGCCUGCGGCGGAACCUUCGCCUACUACGUCACCGACUUCAUCACAAUCCCGGGUUCCCCCAGAAGAGGAGCGCCCAGGAGAGUUGAAGCAGAUGUUGGCGGAUGCGUCCAAAAUGUUGAAAACCAUGAUGGCCAACAACCCUUCUGGAACCCCGGCGGGAUCAGCGACAACUCCGUCGUUUGAGUCUAUCCAGAGGCAGUUAGAUGAGCUGCGGCUGAAGUCUAUGACCGUGGACAGCGCGUCAAGGGGAGCUUCGAGUUCUACGGGUUCCUCCUCACGGCCGCCUACGUAUGAAGAGAUACAAAGGCAGCUGGACUCCCUGAGGUUGAAGGUUAUGAAGGUCACUAGUGCCGACGGCGAAGAUAAGCAAGGAACCCUGUUGGAUUCGGGAUCUACGCAUGUGCUUCGACCAGCCAAGGAUGAAGAAGAAUGCCGUGACUGUCAGCAGGUCUAUGUUACGCUGGCGGGAGAUGAACAGCGGCUUCUCAACCAGACAACGAGUGGAAGCAUCAUCGUGGAGCCCAGCAAGUCCAAGGAUGUUCAGUCCAUAAUCCCGUUUGGGAAGGUCAUCGAAUGCUUGGGGUGUACCUUGAAAUGGUCUAAGGGCGGCUUUUACCUCCACCACCCCAAGUUCGGCCGCAUAAAGACCCAUGUUCGAGCAGGAUGUCCAGAGAUCACUGAUGCAGGUCAGGCGGCAGCGAUCAUCGCUGAGCUUGAGAUGAAGAAGGUUGCGGAGCUCAAGGAAAAGACACGGGAGCUUCAGGAUCAGCUCACUGCGAUUCGGAUGCUCGAGGACCGCAAGGCUGAUUGGAGAGUGUUGUUGGGAAGGUAUUCGGAACAAGGGUGCGCGGCUGAUGGUUUGCAGGCCUUGUUCACCUCCCCGGCGUUUGUCAGCAUGCCCAACGAGUUGAGGACCCUGGUUGCCCCGGAGAUGAAUUGCUCACCCGAUGCGGGCUGGGACUACCUUAAGCUCCUACCAGUGCCCAGACGGAUGAGGAAGCGACUCCUUAGGUCGAGCUGUUGGGUGUUGAACAUGUUUGCGGGCGGCAAGAAAGGAGACCCCAUCCAAACCUUUGCUGGAGCUACUUCGUCAAGACAUAGGGGCGAGGUUGUGGUGAUCAACGUCGAUGUAACCUUGUCGCCGGGGUGGAACCUUCAAGGGGAGCUCUAUAAGGCCCUCCUGUGGGGAGCUAUGAACUCGAAGGUGAAGGCGGUGAUCUCCUCGCCCCCUGUCGGAGGUUUGUCCAUGGACGGUGUGACGGAAUCCAAUGGGAGCCCAUCGCAUAGAUACAUGAAGGACUUUGAGAUGCUGUCCAAGACGCUCUUCCUGUACCUGGUGGCCUAUACAGCCUCCGAGGGUGCGGAACCCUCGUUGUCAGUUGGUGCGCCAGUUGACAGUCGCGCAUUUUGGGAGCUUGAGAUGGUUAAGGGCUUCCAGGAAGUGGUGAAGGAGAUUGGAGUUAAGGAGUGCGUGCUUGAGCAAGGUGCUUUUGGACAUCCUGAGAAAGCUCCUGUUAGGCUUCUUCACAAUGUUGGUUUGGAAGUUCAUCAUGGGCUGAAGGACUCGCGUCCCGACCACCUACGCCCCCCUCGAGAUCCUGACUUUCCUGAUCGAAGAUGGUGUCCAGGCCUACGACGGGCGAUACUUGAAGGCAUUAAGGCUUUGGGCCUUGGGGAUGGUGCAGAGGGCUAUGAGUCGGAGGGCGAGUGUGAACUUCGGAAAUUGACCAAAGAGCAGGGUUGGCGACUCCACAUUCAACGAGACCAUGUUCCUUUCAGAAAGGACUGCGAGCAGUGUGUGAUGACUUUGGGAACGGGGCGCCCGCACAGGCGAGUUCACCAAAAAAGCUGCUAUGUGCUGAGUGUUGAUGUGGGUGGUCCUUUGAGAUUCCCCAGCAAGGAUGCACACGGCUCUGGGUACAAGUACUUCCUGGCGGCAUCCUACACCAAGCCCCGCUUCUCAGACUUAGAGCCGCUUGAUGAGGACCCGCCCCUUGCCGAUGAGGACUACGACUUCUCUACGCUUGAGGAGGGGGAGGUCGACCCUGGAGGGAUAGCGGACGACGAGUUCAGUGCACAAGGCGGUGUAUGGGAUGAAGAUGAGCUUGCCGAGUACGAACCUUCGGAGGCAGAUGUCAAUGAAGACCCGGCAAUGAAGAAGGUUCACGGCACCAAUGGACUGUGGGACGAUGAUGAUUUGGCGGCCAUCGAACAGGAAAAGGAUGCGAAGUCCACGGAAGAUGAGGAGGGGAACGCGGAGGUUCAGACGGACUUUCUCUACUACUUCAAGCCUUUGAAGGGGAAGAGCGGGAAGCAUGUCCUCAAGGCGAUACAAGAAGUGGUUCUACAACUACGAAUGGAGAACCUUCCUGUGGUUCGGGUUCAUGCGGACCGGGCCCACGAGUUGAGAUCGGAAAGCCUUCGUCAGUGGACCUUAGACAACAAUAUCCUCCUCACGCGGACGGAGGGCCAGUCCCCCCAGUCCAAUGGAACGGCUGAGCGAGCCGUUCGUUUCCUAAAGGGGCGGGCACGUUCGCUACUACGAUCUGCUGGACUACAUCCACAACACUGGGCCACCGCCAUGGCUACAGCAGCACAUCGUCAACGUGAAGAUUGUUUGCGACCAGAAGCCACGAGUGUACCCCCUGCGUAUGGCACGAAGGUGGCGAUAAAGAAAAAAUACUACGGCCAAGGCGGAAAACUUGAUCUACUACCUCGAUGGGUUAAGGGAACCUACAUGGGACCGGUGUGGGACGUUAACCAGGGCUCUGCAAUACUCGAGGAUGAGACCAACCGCUUCACGGUGUCUACGCAUGUGAGGGCAAAACUUGUGGACCCAGGCACUAUCGACCAGGAGCCGGAGUUGAAGGUUGAACCGCCGCCCAGGAGAAGAUUGUCAGCAAAGACUACGGUGGACAAGGACGGGUUGAAGAUAAAGGCGAUGUCUGUGAAGGAGGCACGAGAAGUGCAAGGGAAGUUGCGAAGGGAGAUAGUGGAGUUUCUCAAGAAUGGCGACUCCCUUGGCGGAGUUAAUCGUCCUCAACUACAAUCCCAAGAACUUCAACCUGAGAGCUCGUACGUCACAUUGGGAGCCUUCCAACAUGGUGGGGUAGUUGGUGUCACCAAUGCAACGAAGGACCACCAGAACUUGGCGAAGAAGGUGUGCGAGUUGGUUACCCUGGCCUUUCCUGAAGAGGUGUUCUCCUCUGUGACGAUUGUUCGUGAUACUUGUAUGCCUGUUCACCGAGAUUGCUUCAAUGAUCGCAAAACCUAUAACCUGGUUAUCCCUUUGGAUGUGACGGGUGAUGCAGCGGUUUGGGAGGAGCUUUAUCCUGGUGAUCAAUUUCUGGGAAGCUAUGAAACCAGGUGGCAUAAGGGUCGCGAAGUACCAGGUCAAGUUCACAGCCUAAAGGGAAAUGUCAAGGUCAGACCUCAUCGGCUCCAUUGUGCAGUACAACCAAGUGAAGGACCGAGGCUUCUUUUAGCUGCGCACACCGUUGGUGGAUGGAAAAAGCUUAAGGAGGAAGAGCUUCAGGAACUGAUAGAAAUGGGCUUCCAGAUCCCCGACACCGAGGAUGAGGAGUACAUCAUGAAGCGAGCUGAAGUACAAGAACACCGGGAGGCUUUGCAUUUACCGUGGGUGAUUGAAGACGAAGAUGUAGUUCACAACUUUGGUGGAAAAGACUCCCCAGCCGAAGUAGAUGAGGAUGUGGUUCGAUGCGCAAAGGCGGCUGCAGACAACCUCUACACCUAUGGCAUUGAGGAGAUCUUAGAAUCACUACAAGAUGAACUACGUGUUGUUCAUACAGUCCACCCUCGUGAAGUAGAUCAGCACCUUCCCAGUUGGAUUCCAGCCCUGAAGGCCGGGAUGAGUACUCUCGAGGACAUUGGCGCCAUCAAGAGAUUGGUAGGGCAGGCUGCGAAGGACUACUUGAACUUACCAGGAGUUCAGGUGGUGCCGGGGAAGGCCGUCUACACGGUGAAGCCCCCAAACAAACCGGGCUCCAAUUAUCGUCGCAAAGCCCGUAUUGUGGGCUGUGGAAACUUCCAGGCGAAGGACGACUCGGAGCAGAACUACUCCGGCGGAGCUGCUGCGGAGGCGGUGAGACUUGGUGUUGCCCAAGCGGCAAGGCGAAUAUGGGCCAUUUGCACAGGAGAUGUGGUGAGCGCCUUUUUACGGGCGCCUGUGCCGCAGGGCACGCGAUUGGCGUUGAGGCCACCAGCAGUUCUUGUGCGCGCUGGAUUAGCUGACCCCAGCGAGUUGUGGUCAGUGCAUAUGGCACUAUAUGGAUUUAGAAGUAGUCCUCGCUGGUGGGGCUGUCACAGGACAGGCAUUAUGAAGCAGGCGGUCACACCGGGCGGCUUGACCUUCCACCAAGGAGUUGCAGACUCUGAGGUCUGGCAGGUGCGAAAUGGAGAAGGGGCCGUUCUCGGCCUUGUCAUAAUCUACGUGGAUGAUUUCUUCAUUGCUGCGCCGAAGGAGAUCUGCGAGGACAUUUACAAGUGGUUGGCGGAUACGUGGGAAACUACGCCCAUUCAAUAUGCCUCCUCUACCUCACCAAUCCGUUUCCUUGGAAUGGAAGUGCGAGAAGCUCGAACUGAGUCCGGGGAGUUUGAAGGGUACACCUUGGACCAAGAGGGCUAUCUUCAAGAAGUACUACGACACCGGAACGUGAAACCCGAGGAGAAGUCGUUGCUGCCGGCCACGAAGGAAACCCUUACGUUAUCGGCUGAUCAGGACCCACCUACGUUUAGGCCGGAGGACCUCAAGCUGGCACAAUCCCUUACAGGCGAACUCGCCUGGAUGGCCCAGCGUUGUAGACCGGAUCUAGCAUAUGUGGUGAGCAUUAUGGCGAGCCUGACUACCCGAGACCCAGUGCGGGUUGCUGCAAUAGGCCGAAAGGCCUUGGCCUACCUAAACCAUACGAGCUCGUGGAGACUGAGGUUUUGGACCGGUGGAAGCCCUACGUUGGUGACCUACACGGACUCUUCCUAUGCUCCGGACGGAGACCGGAGUCAUGGAGGCGCCGUUACGUUUUGGGGAACAUGUCCUAUCGCGUGGAGGACUUCGCGCCAACAGUUGGUCACUACGAGUUCCGCGGAGACGGAAUUAGUGGCAGCUCAUCAUGGGUGCCAACAGAUGGAGUCAAUAGAUGCUCUUCUCACGGAUAUGGGCGAGACUCCGGAGCAGCGGGUGAUCUACGUGGAUAAUGCUGCAGCAAUAACACUGGCGACUUCCGAAGGUGGGAGUUGGAAGACACGUCAUUUGAAAGUGAGACAUCGAGCUCUACGCCAGAAGGUUGAACAAGGCUGGGUCGAGGUUGUGUACUGCCCGGGCGAUCAACAGCUGGCGGAUGGACUCACGAAGCUACUGGCGUCGCAAAGAAUGAACCAGAUGAUGUUGUUCUGGGGAUUGUCGGCAGCUGGAGAUCAUGUUCGCCUACGGCAAGUUCAAGCUUCAGCAGAACAACAGAACCCAGAGCAACAAAGGACCGAGCAACGGACACUGGAGCAGCACCAGCCAGCAGAACACACACCGACACCCACAGCACCACAUCCGAAUCCCGAAGGCCUGGGUUGUUGUUUGGGACUUAUUGUUAUUCUCCUAAACUUAGCUAAGGCUAGUGGUGAGGUUACUAACCCGGAAGCCCCAACUGCUCUGGCUGUGGAUUCGUCCUUGGAGCUGUACGGCGUGGUGUUGAUGCUGGGAAUAUGCUUUAUUGCUUUAUGGGAAUGUGGAAGAGUGUGCUGGCGAAACCGCGGUGAGGCGAUGCGCUUGAGGUCUCUUCAAGAAUCCCAAAAGCUGUCCAAGAAGGAGAUGCGCGAAUUGAAUGGUCUACUGAGGCGGAAUCCCGCCCAACUGCAAGGACAUGAGAAAGAACGGAUGAUCCAGUUGGCCGAGGCAACCGGAGUUGAUCUUUCAGGAAUCCUUGCUGGAACCGAAGGGCCACAGUUCGCUACUCCAAGUACUGUUCUAGGUGGAGGUGAGGUACCCCCACCGCCACCAAGCCCCUUCAGUGCUUGUGCGGCAGACGAAGAAUUCCUGAGGAAUGGAAGACGCGAACGGCGUUCUCAACCGUCGCCUCCGCCUCCACCACCUACCUACGAGGACAUCGUUGAGGAAGACGAGCGGGCAAGGAGGACUACGUCGACCUUCUACCCCGCUCCGGAGCAGGUGUCAGCUGAAACCAGGACCUACAAGUCACGAUCGGUUGGAACUCAGGUCCAGAUGCUGAAGGAGAUGCCAAAAGUGGUGUUCGUAACUCCCUCUGGAACGUGUGUGCAUGCUACGAGAGAUUGCAGCACAUUGAAUCGAUCGACGAAGUUCAUACAGAAGGAGGUGUGUGCUAAGUGCAUACCAGGGCAAAAGGAGGUCACGGAAAGGCCAAUGUAA